CGAGAAUCCGAUGUUGUCACUGAAUUUCGUUCUGGGUAAAAUGUGUAGUUAAACACUAAGCUGGCAGCAUCCCCAUUUACAGAUUGUUAAUAGCACGGGAGCGUCGUUUAGAGUAGUAUACCUUUGCCUGUUCGGAGACAUAUAAGUUAACGCUACAAAAACAGAAUGGGAGAGGAAAUUGAUGGUUCGGUCAGUACGAAUGGUACUGGUAAUGAAAUUGUCGAUGAGGGUAACGCUGAGGGCACCUCAGAUAGCAAUGUUAGAUAUUAUACACUUGAAGAAAUUCAGGCUCAUAAUAUGAGCAAGGACACCUGGCUCAUCAUCCACGACAAAGUGUAUGAUAUCACAAGUUUCCUGGAGGAGCAUCCAGGAGGAGAGGAAGUGCUAUUGGAGCAAGCGGGUGCAGAUGCAACAGAGAGUUUUGAGGAUGUUGGUCAUUCCACAGAUGCCAGAGAGAUGCUUGAGCAAUAUUAUAUUGGAGAGCUUCACAUGAAUGACCGGAAAAAAGAAGCGAAGAAGGAAAUUUACAUCACAACAUCAGGGGACUCUGGGUCGUGGACCACCUGGUUGAUUCCUGCCAUUGCAGCUGCUGUAGUUGGCAUCAUGUACCGUUACUACAUUUGGGAACACAAGUCUUCCUGAGCCCAAGCAGAGCUAUGUUAUGUCUCUCACUUACCUGGAGGCCUUUACUUCUUUGACCAAACCCACUCUACAGUGAAAACAGAGGAUGGCCCACUGCUUCCCACCUACACUCAUGACAUCAUGCUCCAGCAGGAAGAGAGGAGGAACAGCUCCGGGGGAUCGAGCCUUAUAGUCCCUCUCUUUCUCUUUGGUGUACAACCAUAAGGGGACAAGGGCUUGAUGCAUAUGUGUAACUGCCUUUGUUUCCAUCUGAGUCAUCAUUUUGUCUAAUGAUCUAAAUAUUGCCAUCACGCAGCACUUCGUCAAUUUUUAUAUGAUUGUCCCAUGCACCGUUGAUUUAUUUUGCCCCUGGUGGCUGUUCUGUCGACCCCAAUAUGUCAUGUUUUUCUUUUCCAGACAUUUUUUUGUUAAAUAUGCAUCAUUGUUUUUCAGCAAAAAUGAAACAAUUGGGUAUUCUUUAAAUCAUGUCAGAAUGUUGUUUAUUUUUCAGGCUUUCCUUUCAAAUUUUUGAGAUAUUUUUAUAACAUAGAACAUUCCCUCCACCCUAUUCUACAGAAUAGUCCUAUAAUUAAAUCUUUAGUGUAGUUUGCAUUUUAAUGUCAACUUUUGUGGUUAACUUCCCUGCCCCCUUUACACAUAGCUGCUAAUGCUUGUAUUUCAGUGGAACUGCCUUAUAUUUGACUUUGCUUUGAAAGAUUUCAUUAAUCAAAUGAGGAACAUCAUGCAAUUGAAGUAGGAAAAACCUGUUAAAUGUUUGACUCGAUAAUAUCAAAUCAGAGGAAUUUUAGUCUGAACCUUGAUCCGUUAACUUUAUUUUUUCAGUGAUGCCAUAUCUGUCAGUUUGCAGGAACAGACCUGUGGAGUCUUUGGUAUAUAGAAGUACUUCUCAACACAAGCUUGUCUGUAUAUUAUUUUUCUUACAUUAAUAGUUUAUAUAUUUAGGUACAUAGGUAUAACAUGUCAAAACUGAUUCUAAGUCCUUUUGUACUUUUGCAAAUGAAUUAAUGGGACUACUAUCUGUAAUGAAGAUUUAAAGGUGAUGAUAUUUAUUUGUUGGUGAAUUUGUUUAGAAAAUGUUGUGAAAGGAUGCAAAUACUUGUUGCACAAUUUAUGUUAAGUAAACAAAAUCAAAUUUUCAUAGGUUGUUUAUUUCUAUGCAGAUACAUCAAUCAUUGAGGAACAUGGCUCUGAAAAUCUCAUGGAAUGAAAAUUUUAAUUUGGAUUGUUGCUGUUUCUUAUUCUGAUUACCAUACUUACCGUACGCUCGUCUCAAAUUAAAUUAUUCCAACUCUUAAAUGAC